AUGAGCGAGCCUAAACCUUCUGAACAAGUAGAGCCCUCGUCUUCGGCUGCUUCCAGCUUCCCCAAGAAGAACAAAGUCGACGUAAAUGUCCACGACUUGGAGUCUUACACUGAAGAACUAGAAGAAAUCGAUGACUACAUCUUUGGCGCCGAUAAGAACCUCUCCAGAGGUCUCAAGCAGCGUCACAUUCAGAUGUUGACCUUGGUGGGUGUUUUUGGAACUGGUCUUUUCUUGUCGAGUCGAAGAACGUUGCAUUUGACCGGGAAUGUGGGUAUGAUUCUUUCUUACUUGUUUAUUGGUGUUCUUGUUGGUUUGAACCAGCUUGCCAUGAUCGAGAUAUCUUGUCUUAUGCCUGUGACUGGGUCUUACAUCAGACACGGUGAACACUUCGUUGACGGAGCGUUUUCGUUUGCUCUUGGCUGGGUGGGCAUCUACCUGUCCAUCAUUCCAAGUGAGUUCUCUGCUACAGCACUUAUUAUGAGAUACUGGAGUGACUUGAACCCUGCGGUGUGGGUUACGGUGUUUUUGGCGAUUAUCAUUGUUUGCAACUGUUGGAAGGUUCGUUUUUACGGAGAAAUUGAGUUCUUUUUUGGAAUCCUCAAGAUCCUUUUGAUCCUUGGACUUAUCAUUUUCUCUCUUGUCAUGGAUCUAGGUGGAGUAAAGGGAGUUGACCGUAUUGGGUUCCGUUACUGGAAAGAAACGCCUUUCAGGGAGUAUUAUACUGACGGAGGCGUGGGCAGGUUCCUUUCCUGGUGGAAAGCUUCUGGAUCUGUGGUUUAUGCUUAUGGUGGUGUUGCUGGUAUCUCAUACUAUGCUGGUGAAACACAGAACCCAAGACACUCUAUCUAUACAGCAGGAAAGAGAAUUUUUUUUAGGGUGUUUGGCUUCUACAUGCUUACAGUGUUUGGUCUUACCCUUAUCUUGUCUGCUGAAAACCCUCAGAUUGCUAACAGUACUGGAGACUCCACUGGCUCGCCUUUUGUGAUUGCCAUUAAAGAUGCUGGUAUUAAAGGCCUUCCAAGUAUCAUCAACGUGAUUGUGUUGACUUCAGCCUUUUCUGCGUCCAACUUGGGUGUCAUGUUAUCUUCCAGAAACCUCUUUGCAUUGGCUGCAAAAGGACAAGCACCACAGUUCUUCCUUAAAACCAACAGGUUCGGUUUACCUUACGUGGCUGUCAUUGUAUCCAUUGGAUUCAUGCCUUUGGCGUAUAUGAACGCUAGUUCAGGUGCUGCCACAGUGUUUGGCUGGUUCCAGAGCAUCACAAGUGCUAACCUUCUUGUUACAUGGAUAGCCAUUUCAAUCAACCACAUUUCUCUCCAGAAAGCGUUGAAAGCUCAGGGUUACUCCAGAGAAGACUUGCCUUAUAAGAUGCCAUUUGCCCAUAUUGGUGCUUAUAUUUCGUUAUUUGGGUUCCUGCUUCUUCUCUUAACUGGAGGGUACCAUAACUUCUUGAAAGGCAACUUCGAUGUAUCUUCGUUCAUCAGUUCGUACUUUGUGAUCCCACUCUACGCCUUUUUGUUCUUCCUCUGGAAGUUCUGGAAAAAAACCAAGAUCAGAAAGUCCUCUGAGGUGGAUUUGGUUUCCUUGUUCAGACAUGUCAAGGAGAACCCAGAAACUAUUCCAGGAAGGCACCAUGGCUGGAGAAUGGUCAAGUACCUAUGGGAGUAG